AUCAUGGCGGAGCGGUAAACACAGGAGAGAGGCAGCGGGUGGACGACUUUUACUGUUUAUAAAUCAGGUUUUUCACAAAAAUGUCUCGCUGGAUUCCGACCAAGAAGGAAAAAUAUGGCGUUGCAAUCUAUAACUACAAUGCCACUGAGACCCCAGAGCUGGGGCUGCAGGUGGGGGACACCGUUCACAUCCUGGAGAAAUUUGAAGGGUGGUACAGAGGCUACUUGCUGAGAAACAAAGCUCGAAAGGGCAUUUUCCCGGCUUCAUACAUCCACCUGAAAGAGGCCAGAGUGGAGGGCACAGGACAGCAGGAGACGGUUAUCCCCUCUGACAUGCCCCUGGUUCAGGAGCUCACUGCCACCCUGCGGGAGUGGGCACAGAUCUGGCACAAACUCUUUGUGAACAACAAGACCACGCUGUUCCGCCACAUCCAGCAGAUGGCGUACAGCCUGAUUGAGUACCGCUCGCAGAUAGUGUCGGGGACGCUGCCCAAGGACGACCUUGUAGAGCUCAAGAAAAAGGUCACGGCAAAGAUCGACUACGGCAACCGGAUCCUGGGUCUGGACCUGGUGGUGCGGGAUGACAGCGGGAACGCUCUGGACCCAGAGAGCAGCAGCACAAUCAGCCUGUUCCGUGCUCACGAGACCGCGUCCCGCGCCAUUGACGAGCACAUCCAGGAGGAGAAGUCUCGGAGCCAGAACCUGGAGAUGCGGCGGCAGUCUCUGUUCAGCUCUGUCCACACCUACAGCCUCUUCAUGAACCUCAAGAACUUUGUGUGCAACAUCGGAGAGGACGCUGAGCUGCUCAUGUCACUGUACGACCCCGACCAGUCCAACUUCAUCAGUGAAAAUUACCUGGUACGCUGGGGAAGUACAGGGAUGCCAAAGGAAAUUGAGAAACUCAACAACCUGCAAGCACUGUUUACGGACUUGAGUAGCAGUGACCUGAUUCACCCCCGAGUGUUCCUGGUGUGUCAGAUCAUCCGCGUGGGGUGCAUGGAGCUCAAAGAGGGCAAGAAGCACACGGCUGGCCUGAGGAGACCCUUUGGGGUGGCAGUGAUGGAUAUCACAGAUAUUGCCCACGGGAAGGUUGACGAUGAGGAGAAGCAGCACUUCAUCCCAUUCCAGCAGAUCGCCAUGGAGACCUAUAUCCGCCAGCGGCAGCUCAUCAUGUCGCCGUUGAUCCCAUCGCGAGUCAUCGGCGAGAACGAGCCCCUGACCUCUGUCUUCAACAAAGUCAUUGCUGCCCGAGAGGUCAAUCACAAAGGCCAAGGACUCUGGGUCUCUCUGAAGCUGCUCCCUGGAGACCUGGCUCAGGUGCAGAAGGACUUCCCUCACCUGGUGGAUCGAGGUACUGCCGUUGUGCGGAAGAUGGGCUUCCCAGAAAUCAUCCUCCCAGGUAACGUGCGCAAUGACAUCUACGUGACUCUGAUCCAGGGCGAGUUCGACAAGGGCAAAAAGAAGACCCCCAAAAACGUGGAGGUCAUGAUGUGUGUGCUGGAUGAGGAGGGGACACCUGUUCAGAAAGCGAUUUUCCCUGGAGCCGGGUGCGAGGGCAUCACGGAGUACAAGUCUGUGAUUUACUACCAGGUGAAACAGCCCUGCUGGAACGAGACUGUCAAGGUGGCGAUUCCCAUUGAAGACGUGUGCCGCUGCCAUCUGAGAUUCAGCUUCCGGCACCGCUCCUCCCAGGAAUCUAGGGACCGGUCGGAGAAGCCCUUCGGCGUGGCGUUUGUGAGGCUGAUGAAGGUCGACGGUACCACCCUGCGAGACGGGAGGCACGACCUCAUCUUGUAUAAGGGAGACGUGAAGAAAGCAGAAGACACCAAGUCGUAUCUGAGUGCUCCAGGGACAAGGGAGGAGCAGGAGGACAGAGAGAGGCAGUCUGGGAAACCAUUCCAUCAUUCCAGCAACCUUCCCAUCAUCAAAGACAUCUUCCAGAUCAGCACACUCACCUGCUCCACCAAACUCACCCAGAACGUGGACCUGCUGGCACUGCUGAACUGGAGGUCGAACCCAGAGAACCUGGAGCAGACCUUGCAGAGGCUGAUGCAGGUGCAGGGCAGCGAGAUCGUCAAGUUCUUGCAUGACACUCUGGAUGCACUGUUUAACAUCAUGAUGGUCACCUCAGAGAAGGACACCUACGACACUUUGGUGUUUGAUGCCUUGGUGUUCAUCAUCAUGUUGAUCGGGGACAUUAAGUUUCAGCACUUUAAUCCUGUACUGGAAACCUACAUUACCAAGCACUUUAGUGCCACACUAGCAUAUGUGAAGCUGACUAAGGUGUUAAAUGACUAUGUGGGGAACGCAGAGGAUCCCAAUAAGACAGAUCUGCUGUUCUCUGCACUCAAGGCCCUCAAAUACCUGUCCAGGUUCAUUGUGCAGUCCCGCAUUCUCUACCUGCGGUUCUAUGGAAACAGUGAGGAUGGAGACGACUUCAACAACUCCAUCAGAAAGCUCUUCUUCUCUUUCAACAUCCUGAUGGACCAGCCUCUGGAGGAGGCAGUCAAAAUCAAGGGCGCUACACUGAAGUAUCUUCCUGCCAUUGUGAAUGAUCUCCAGCUUGUUUUCGAUCCCUGUGAACUCAGUGUUCUGUUAACCAAGUUUAUCGAGAGCAUCCCGGAUUUCCAGCUCGUCCGUCAGAAACUGGGCUGUAUGUGCAAAAUUGUGGAGAGCGACCUCUUCAAACAGCCAGAGUGCCGUGACGUGCUGCUCCCGCUGAUGACUGACCAGUUAAGCGGUCAGCUGGACGACCGCUCCCAGAAACCGGACUACGAGGCGUGCAGCCAGCUUCUCAGCAACAUCCUGGAGGUGCUGGACCGCAAGAAUGUGGGCUGCUCCAGGGCACACGUCCAGCUUAUCAUGGAGCGUCUCCUGCGCAGGGUCAACCGCACGGUCAUCUGCAUGAGCCGCCACUCCCCGCUCAUCGGCCACUACCUGGCUUGCAUGACAGCCAUCCUGAAGCAGAUGGACGAUUCCCAUUACAGCCAUUACAUCAGCACUUUCAAAACCCGUCAUGACAUCAUUGAUUUCCUGAUGGAAACGUUCAUCAUGUUUAAAGACCUGAUUGGGAAGAAUGUCUUUCCCAAUGACUGGAUGAUAAUGAACCUGUUGCAGAUCAGGGUUUUCCUACGAGCGAUCAACCAGUUUGCAGGUGUUCUCAACAAGUAUUUUCUGGACCAGGCAAACUUUGAACUUCAGCUGUGGAACAAUUAUUUUCAUCUGACUGUUGCAUUUCUUACCCACAAGUCCUUGCAGCUGGAGACCUUCUCGCAGGAGAAAUGCAACAAAAUCAUCAGCAAGUAUGGAGACAUGAGGAAAGAAAUUGGUUUUACGAUCAGGGACAUGUGGUACAAUCUUGGCCCCCACAAGAUGAAGUUCAUCCCUGCCAUGGUGGGCUCCAUCCUGGAGGUGACUCUGGUCCCCGAGCCUGAGUUAAGGAAAGCAACCAUCCCAAUAUUCUUUGACAUGAUGCAGUGUGAGCACAACUUCAGCUCCAGCUGCAGCUUCCAAGCGUUUGAGAACGAGCUGAUUAUGAAGCUGGACCAGGAGGUGGAAGGAGGCCGGGGGGAUGAGCAGUACAAGGUCCUGCUGGAGAAGACGCUGCUGGAGCACUGCCGGCGGCACCGCUACCUGUCAAGCUCAGGGGAGACCUUCGUCUUGCUGCUCAGCAGUCUGCUGGAGAAUCUUCUGGCCUAUCGCACCAUCACCCACGACGAGAGCCCGGAGCACCGCAUGAGCUGCACUGUCAAUGUCCUGAACUUUUAUAAGGAGAAAAAGCGAGAAGACAUUUACAUACGGUACUUGUACAAGCUGCGUGAUUUGCAGCGGGCCAGUGAGAACUACACCGAGGCAGCCUGCACCCUGCUCCUGCAUGCUGAACUCUUACAGUGGUCCGAUCGCCCCUGCGCCUCCCACCUCAUUCCCAGGGACCACUCCCAGGUGUGGAGCCAGCAGGAGCUGAAGGAGUAUCUCUUCAAGGAGAUCAUCAGCUACUUUGACAAGGGCAAGAUGUGGGAGAAGGCGAUUGAGCACAGCAAGGAGCUGGCCAGGAUGUACGAGAAUGAGAUAUUUGACUUCAUUGGGCUCAGCCAGCUGCUGAAGCAGCAGGCCCAGUUCUAUCAGAACAUCAUGCACGCCAUGAGACCCCAGCCCGAGUACUUUGCAGUGGGAUACUAUGGACUUGGCUUUCCUUCCUUCUUGAGGAACAAAAUAUUCAUUUACCGCGGGAAGGAGUACGAGCGUCUGGAGGACUUUGGACUGAAGCUGCUGUCUCAGUUCCCCAACGCAACGAAGAUGACCAGCACAGCGCCCCCUGGCGAGGAGGUCCGCAGUUCAUCAGGACAGCACAUCCAGUGUUUCACUGUGAAGCCAGUGAUGAACCUGCCUCCUCGAUACAAGGACAAGCUGGCCCCGGAGCAGAUACUUCACUAUUACAGGGCCAACGAGGUGCAGCAGUUCCAGUACUCAAGAGCCUUCAGGAAAGGAGAGAAGGACCCGGACAAUGAGUUUGCUACCAUGUGGAUUGAGAGAACCUCAUACAUCACAGCCUACAAGUUUCCAGGGAUCCUAAAGUGGUUCGAAGUCAAAUCAGUCUCCAUUGAGGAGAUCAGCCCCCUGGGAAAUGCCAUCGAAACCAUGGAGCUGACCAAUGAGAAGCUGAGUAACCUGGUCCAGCACCAGGCCUGCGACCGCUCCCUGCCCGUCCACCCGCUCUCAAUGCUGCUCAAUGGCAUUGUGGACCCUGCCGUCAUGGGCGGCUUCUCCAACUACGAGAAGGCAUUCUUCACAGAAAGGUACCUCCAGGAGCACCCAGAAGACCAGGAGCGUAUUGAACUCCUCAAGGAGCUCAUUGCAAUCCAGAUCCCGUUGCUGGCGCGUGGGCUCCAGAUUCACGGGGAGAAAUCCACAGAGCAGCUGAAACCACUCCACAACCGGCUGGUCACCUGCUUCCAGGAGCUGAAGGAGAAGGUGGAGAAGCACUGUGGAGUCAUUACCCUGCCCUCCUCCCUGACGGAGCGCAAGAAAAGCCGUACAGGCUCCAUGGUAAUGCCCUACAUCCUCUCGUCGACGCUGCGCAGGCUUUCCACCAUCUCCAUGGCAUCCUCCGGGGUCUCUAGCUGCUCCACUUCCUCAGAAAACUCCUCGAGACCCUGCUCCAAUGAGGGGCUUGGGACGAGGGAUGCUCCUGGUGAUAGGGAUUGGCCGAACCUGCUCAGUCAUUGCAGAAUCAGCCAGUUCAACAGGAAAGAGUGGAACAUCAGCAAAUCCCAAGUCCUGACUGAGAGAGAGCCAGACGGAGCGACUCCCCCAGAGAGACCACAGCGCCCCAAGAGCCUGCAGUUUGGUGAUCGGCGGGUGACCCUGUCCUUGUUUCAGGGAUCUUCCUCCCAGCUGAACUUGUCGACCUCAGUGAGCCCUUCUCCAGGCACCCAAUGCUCGCCCCGAAGCUCCAGUUUCUCAUCUCUACAGAGCGAGGGGGAGGUGAACUCUGACCUUCACAACACUCCGCCCCCAAUGCCUCCUAAACACAAACCUCACGAGAACGGCAGCCAGAGGAACAGGAGCUCCACAGAGAUUGUGCCCCCAUUACCAGUUAAAGGGGACUCCAAACCUCCUCCUCCUCCACCCCCCAAAACCAGAAGAUCCGUUGUCCCAUCCCCUGAUCAUGCUCCACAGUGAGAGGGCUUCUGCAUGGUAGCGCAGUGCAAUUCUGGAGGGGAGAGGCGGGCUAGCUUGGGAGAGUAUCUCUCCAACCCUCAUGUCAUGGGACUCCUCUUCUAGCAAGGCCCCCUACAGUAAUGGGCAGGGCGUUGCCUGCUUUGCAGAUGGCAGUUUAAUAGCUUGUUUUGUGGGUUGUCUGAAUCUUAACAGAUGGCUAGAUAUAUCUAAUGUAGUUCAUACAAGUGGGUGCCUCUUAUGGAGUGUCAUCUCGCGAAUGCUGUUUUGUUUUUUGGUGUCAUGACCUGUGUAUUAGAGCCACACUUGCUAAAGUUGUAUUUAAAGAUGUGCUCCUAGUUUUGCAAGCAGACUGGCACUAAUUAUUGUUUCUUUGUUUUUUGGAGAAAUUAAACCGAGAUACACAGUAACAAAUACACUUAAGAUACUCAUUAACAAAUAAACGUGACAGCCUUUCUACAGAGGUGUGAGAUGGAGUGCUGUAAUCCGGAAAUGAAGACAAACGUUUUAGCUGUUGCCUUACUCUUCGUUUUGUGAGUUAACUCCCAUGAGAAAACAUGGCCUGCAGGGUGCAAUGUAGAUACCACACUAGACAAGCUUUUCAGAGGAAUUGAUGGUUUGAAAUGGAGUGCUGGUGGAGAUUGUUUUGAUUGUGUUUUCCCAGUGAAGGGAGUCUAUCAGCAUUUUGUUUGAUCAUUGAUCAAUUCUAUAUUACUGUUAUAUUGGAAGCCCUAUGAGCCAGGUAUUGUAUUAUACUGGAUAUCAGGCUGAUGUGGAUGCUCUCUGGUCAUUGGGCAGCCACACCCUCUUACAUUCUGCACCACACACCAGAAUUAUCUCAAUCUGUUCCUCUUCGCUUCAAGACAUUUCACACUGGAAAGAGGAGACAAUCAAUGUUGAAAAUGAUGCUUAUGAUACUGCCUUAUGGGACUCCCUGUAAAAUGUUUUUUUAAACAUACAGCGCAAGAUGACACUCCUUGAAAAAUAAGAGACUCUCCACUGCUGUGUUAGGAAUGGACGAUAUAAAGAGGAGUCAUCCACACCUGAAAAAUACCUUGUAAACUGCAAUCUUACACAAAAGAAGGGUUAUUCACCCACCUGGAACAUGUGAUAGCUAAUGUCAGAUUAUUAUGUUAUAAUAUCAUGAUUUUAAAUGCACAACACAGAAUUAACUUCAAUCUAAUGUUUUUUUUUUUUUUCUUGUUAAUGAAAAUUGUUUAGCAAUUUGAUAAUUCCACAGCAGCCACCCUACCAAAUACUAUUAACUUCCUCUCAUGAUUUACUGAGCCUACUGGGAGACAUUGAACCCUGUGUUGCAGACUUCAAAACUACAGCGUCAAACACCAUCACAAAAUGCAAAUCCUCUAAAAAUCCUAUCUGAGUAAAUUUUUGCGUAAAUAAUGUUUUAAAAAGAGAAAUAUAUUAAGAUGAUUAACAAAAAGUACUUCAAGAAGUGCAGUACAACUCUGAACACACUAAGACUGCGUGAGAUGCAACACAGAGCCUUCCUGAGGGUCUGUUUUUAUGAACUAAUACUGAGUCAACCAUCAGUAAGGUUUCAUCUGCAUAGAAUUGUGUUUGAUUAAUAAAAACUUUCUUAAAUAACCCUAUUGGCCCUUAUUUUUCCAUUUCUCCUGCAGUCUUGAUUUUUUUAAUUUUACUAAGAUUGGUGUUCACUUUUCAUGUCCAGUACAUCACAAAGAUGUAUAUUCGUGUAAUAGCCACCAAAGCAGUGAUGUAUUCACCCUGAAACUAAAAUGAACAGCAAUCAAAAGCAGUAACUGAUCUUAACUGACAUGCAUAUAUUACCUCAUGUAUUUAAAAAAGGUGAGCAAAAUGCACUGGAACUCAAUAAUAAAUUAUAAGAAAAUGUGGGUUUUUUUGAUGGUUAGGUUUAGCUGAAAGAUGCAUGUUAAGAGCAAGAUGCACAAAAUCGUAGUGGCUUUUUAACAGUGCUCUUACAUGUCUGUCGUAUUUAUACUAGGUUGUGCCAUGUUCUUAAUAAUGAUUAUUUUGCAGGUACAAUUUGCUUGACAUGUGUUUGGCAUUUCAGACAGAAUGGUGCAUUCAGAACUCUCCUGUAAUCCCGCCUCUGUUAUAUUCUGAGGUGUAACUGUUUCCGUGGUGACAAGGAGAGUUCUGUACUUGUGACAGGAAGCGGCUGUCUUUGUGGCUCGGUCAAUACAGGAACAGACCCAAACAUGGUUAUGGAGUAUGUCCUUUUUGGCUUCUUCCUAAUGUAUUUUCAGGAAAGCAGGGUGCUUUACUUGCUGUUUUUAAGGUAAUCAAGCACACAUUAAGACUUCUUUCAUCUUGUUUGGGAACAAGAAGCAGCAGUUUUGAAAAUCAAGGCUCACCCAUUCUUAGCACACCAUUUGCCCUUAAUUGGAUGAUCUAAUUUAAUAGGAAUGCGUGUUUCCUAGUAUUGUAGAUUCUACUACUUCGCUUGGUAGGCUAUUCCAUGUAUUUAUAACUCUCUGUGUAGAAUGCUUGUUAUCUUCUGUUCUUAACUUCCUUUAAGUUCCAUUUAGCGGUACUUGUAAUGUUUAAAAUAAUAAUAGGGGCAUUUGGUAUUUUACUUUGUCUGUGUGGCUUUUUCUGGUUCACUACCAGAUGGUAAUGCCCUCGGGUGACUAGAGAAGGAGCACAUCUAAGAAAUGCUUCGAGUAGCCGCUCCAGGUAUGAGGAACUUGGAAAACAGCAAGUGGAGAACUCUGCUUCCCUGACAGCAAGUCUAGCAUGUCCUCUGCCUCUAUGCAAAGGCUGGCACUUUUUUUUUUAAUCAGGGGUGACUGUAAAAUUUGUAAUGAAUAAAACUUUAAUUAUUUGCAAA